AUGUUGUCGGCAGUCUUCAUCCUCUUGGGCGUUGCCAUCGCAAUACUCUACAUUCGCACCAAACCUCGCAAGAAUGUCCCUCCUGGUCCCAAGCCCCUCCCCAUUCUUGGCAACAUCAGAGACAUGCCAGAUGGCUCAACUCCAGAAUAUCAACACUGGAUCAAGUUCAAAGACCUGUACGGCUCGAUAAGUCAUGUCUCAAUCCUCGGUCAAUCGCUCAUUAUACUCCACGACCGCGACGCUGCAAACGCUAUCCUAGAGAAGACCUCGACUAAGACAUCUGGACGGCCACAGUUUAUCUUUGGCAACGAAAUGUGCGGCUACAAUCAGAUUCUUAGCUUCAAGCCAUACGGGAAACUGUUGAAACAACAUCGAAAGUUGGUCCAUCAGCAAUUGGGCACUAAAACAGCAGCAUCGCGAUUUAGGGACAUCCAGGACGUGGAAUCACGCCGACUUCUGCUGCGGAUCUUGGGAAACCCUGAGAAGCUGUUGACGCAUAUUAAAACCGAAGCAAGCGCUAUAAUACUGAAAAUGACAUACGGCUACAGCCUCGAGCCGGAAAAUCCGGAUCCACUAGCGCUCUUGAUAGAGCAGAUGAUGGCCAAUUUCUCACUCGCAUUCAUCCCUAUGAGCUGGCCGGUUGACGUCCUACCUUUCCUUCGGUAUCUCCCAGAACCACUUCCAGGAAUGUCCUUCAAGCGCAUAGCACGGGACUGGAACGCCAAUAUGCGCAUGGUAGUCGACGUGCCCUACAACUUCGUCAAAAGGCAAAUCGCAAAGCGGUCUAAUCGACCAUCCUAUGUCUCUUCGCUUAUCAAGCAACACGACGGCGAUCUGGAUGAAGAGACCGACACCGCCAUUAAGCAAACCGCCGCAGUCAUGUACGCUGGAGGCGCCGAUACCACUGUUUCGUCCAUUCGUGGUUUUGUACUAGCUAUGUUACUUUUCCCAGAUGUUCAGAGGAAGGCACAGCAAGAGAUUGAUUCCGUUGUUGGGACCGAAAGACUUCCGCAAUUUGAAGAUCGGGAUAAUCUUUCCUAUGUCGAUGCUUUGGUCAAGGAGGCACUUCGAUGGAUUCCCGUGAUCCCAAUGGGAGUCGUUCAUUCAGCUGAUGAGGAUAUUCACUACAAAGACUUUGUCAUCCCAAAGGGAGCAUCUUUCCUACCAGCAACAUGGUGGUUCCUCCAUGAUCCGGCGAUCUAUUCAGACCCAUCUUCCUUUAACCCGGACAGAUAUCUAGAACCACGGAAUGAACCGCAUCCCAAUUUUGCCUCAUUUGGGUUUGGUCGCAGAGUCUGUCCCGGGCGCUUCCUCGCUGACGAAAGUCUGUUUAUCAGUAUUUCACGUCUCCUCGCUGUCUUUGAGAUAAAGAAGGCUGUCGAUGGGCGGGGCAAUGAAAUUGAACCUCAGAUAAGUGUCACGCCAGGUAUAAUAUCUCAUAUUCGUGACUUUCCAUAUGACAUCAAGCCGAGGAGUGAGAAGUAUGCAGAUAUUAUUAGACAGGUUGAGGUUGAACAUCCAUGGGAGCAAGCCGAUGCUAGGUUUCUGGGCGAGGACCUGUCUCUGGAUUCGGAAAAGGUUUGA